AUGGCCGAGGAGACCAAGCAGGAGGCCGCUGCGGCGGCGGCGGUGGCGGAGGUGGCCGUGGCGGAGACGAAGGCGGAAGACAAGGCCGUGGAGGUGGGGGAGAAGUCUGACGAGUCCGCGGCGGCGGCGGCUGAGGCCAGGGAGGAGGAGGAGGAGGAGAAGAAGAUGGAGGAGGCGGUGGCGGAGGCCGGGGCCGACGAGGCGGCGGUCAUCGAGGGCAGCACCGCCUCCUUCAAGGAGGAGAGCAACCUCGUCGCCGACCUCGCCGACCCCGACCAGAAGGCGCUCGCCCAGCUUAAGGACCUCGUCGCCGCCGCGCUCGCCGCCGGGGAGUUCGACCUGCCCCCGCCCCCGCCAGCCCCGGCGGCCGAGGAGCCUGCUCCCAAGACCGACGAGCCGGCCAAGAGCGAUGCGCCUGAGGCCGAGGUGGCGGCCGAGAGCAGCGAGCCCAAGGCCGACGAGACUGUCAAGGAGGAGCCCAAGACGGACGCGCCGGCCCAGGAGGAGCCCAAGGCCGAGGAGCCUGCCAAGGAGGAGCCCAAGACGGAGGCGGUGGCCGCCGCGGAGGAGCCCAAGGCCGAGGUGGCGGCCGAGGAGGCCAAGCCGGACGAGCCGAAGCCGGAGGAGAAAACCGUCGUGGUGGCCGAGGAGGAAGGCACCAAGACCGUGGAGGCCAUCGAGGAGACCGCCGUCCCCGCCGCGGCCGAGCCGGAGGCGGCGCCCGCCGCCGAGCCCAAGGAGGAGCUGAUCUGGGGCGUGCCGCUGGUGGGCGGCGACGAGCGCACGGACACGGUGCUCCUCAAGUUCCUCCGCGCGCGCGAGUUCAAGGUGAAGGAGGCCAUGGCGAUGCUCAAGGCGGCGGUGCUGUGGCGCAAGAGCUUCGGCAUCGACGCGCUCCUGGGCGCCGACCUCGGCGUGCCGGAGCUGGAGAACGUCGUCUUCUACCGCGGCGCCGACCGCGAGGGCCACCCCGUCUGCUACAACGUCUACAGCGAGUUCCAGGACAAGGACCUCUACGAGAAGGCCUUCGGCGACGACGAGAAGCGGGAGCGCUUCCUCAGGUGGCGCAUCCAGCUCCUCGAGCGCGGCAUCCGGGAGCAGCUCGACUUCUCGCCCAGCGGCAUCUGCUCCAUGGUGCAGGUCACCGACCUCAAGAACUCGCCGCCCAUGCUCGGCAAGCACCGCGCCGUCACCCGCCAGGCGCUCGCGCUGCUCCAGGACAACUACCCUGAAUUCAUCGCCAAGAAGGUGUUCAUCAAUGUGCCAUGGUGGUAUCUUGCGGCAAACAAGAUGAUGAGCCCGUUCCUCACACAGCGCACCAAGAGCAAAUUCACGUUUUGCAGCCCAGCCAAGACCGCCGAGACCCUCUUCAGAUACAUCGCGCCGGAGCAGGUCCCUGUCCAAUUCGGCGGCCUCUACAAAGAGGAUGAUACUGAAUUCUCCACUUCUGAUGGCGUGACCGAGCUCACUGUCAAACCUUCUUCCAAAGAAACUGUUGAGAUUCCUGCUACUGAGAACUCCACGGUCGUGUGGGAGCUCCGUGUGCUUGGAUGGGAGGUGAGCUACGGCGUGGAGUUCACCCCGGACGCCGAGGGCGGCUACACGGUCAUCGUGCAGAAGACUCGGAAGGUGCCCGCCAACGAGGAGCCAAUCAUGAAGGGUAGCUUCAAAGCGAGCGAGCCUGGCAAGGUGGUGCUCAUCGUCAACAACCCGACGUCGAAGAAGAAGAAGCUGCUGUGCCGAUUCAAGGUGAAGAGCUCCACCGAAUCCUCCGCCUGA